AGUCACAUCGCGGUCCUCUCGCUCUCGAAUCGACACUAACUGAGUCUAUUCAAUUCCAUUGUUAUCCAUUCUUGGAAGAUGUGUCACAAAUGUUAGUCAUAUAAAUAUCCAGAGCACAAACCCCUUCUAAAUCCUAAACUGAACGAGAAGAUUCUUAAAACAUAAACAAAGUGUUUAGUGACGUUGGAAAUAAUUAGAAGGCUUGAAACAAUACAAAAAUGAUCUCUGGACGAGUGGCAGUUGCAUUCCUCGUGAUGUGCUUAAUCCUCACAAUUUUCCAGACCUGCGAAGCAAGACCCCGAAUCAGACAUCACAGAGGUGACUCCAGAUGCACGAGAUGUGCCCCAGGAUGGGGCGUAUCAACGGCCUGCACUCCGCAAAAAGACACAGAAUGCGGUAAAUGUGUGCGAGGCACUUACAGUCCUCACCACAACCUCCAGCCCUGCUGGAUUUGCUCUCGAUGCGGUCCAGGCCUCUACGAAGCUCAUCCCUGCACCUCGAAGACCGACACAGUCUGCGAUUCGUGCCACCGCCACGCCCUGGACAAUGCCGACUACCACAGAAAGUGCAAGGGCCACAAGAAUUUAUUUCUAGCCCCUGAAGAUGCCAAAAGUACUGGUGAAGAGAGCUCUCUCGUUAAUGAGGACGACGACGAGCUGGAGGAGAGAGAAGAGAAAGAGCGCGAAUUCAUUCUCGCACAAGACAUCGAGGCUGACAUUCGUGAAGCUCAAAAAAACUCAAUGCAGAGGUUUUAGAUUGAAUCAAUGAGUUAUUUUCGAGAGAAACUAGUCAAGACGAUCUUUCUUAACAGCAGUUGUACAUAUAUAUUUAUUCGAUCUGGGAAUACAAUUUGAUAUUUCAAAUCACAAUAGAUCUCGAAGCCCAAUCGAAUUCACAAUAAUACUCGUCAUUCGUUCGCAUCAAUCAUCUAAACUAAAAAAACGUCUAAAACUCAAUGCAUCCUGCGCUCAGAAAUAAACAUGUACAGAAUCCUAACUUUGCACUCGCAGUAUAUAUAUAUUUAUAUUAUCUUCAUUUUGUUUUUAUUUUUUAACUUUUAUCUAUAUCUUUUUGUAUAUAUUUAGUUGAUCACAUAUACAAUUUUCUUGUAUAUAACCAAAGACAUUUUCUCAGCUCAUACGUACGGUUUUAUCAAUAGUUUUAAUGAUAAUGAUUCGUUUAAUUCGUUCUGUGGAUUUAUUUGGACCAAAAAAAUUAAUUCAUCAUUUGCGGUUCCGUUAACAAGUGCAAAAUCAUGGCAUACCAGUUUCACUGAGAUGAUAAUCAUUCUUGUUAAUGAAAGCUAAUCUCUACAAUAGUGCCAAUUAUUGAUAAAAUAUUAUGUCGUAAUAAUUUUUGUUUUGAAUUUGUCUCAUUUGUCAUGUGAGAAAUUUCCAAGGAUCUCAGAGACGUAAAUAAAGCGUAAGCUAGUGAUCAGUGUCGAGUAGAUUAGUUUUAAGUGUAAUAUAUACUUUAGGAUUUAUCCAAUUAUUUAAUUAUAUAACAUAGUUAUUAUAUUUGGUUCGGCGACCUCGAUAAAACAGGCGGUCGAGGGAGAGUUUAUUCAUCAUCAAACGAUAUUUCCAUUGUUUCAUCUCGUACAAUUGUCGAGCAGGCUGAUCCAGAUGGUUUCAGAGAAUGAUAUUAAUGAAGUAUUGUCGUGACAAUUGUAUGAGAGCGUUUUGUGUUGAGCCAGCAGUGGAGAAAUUAGGGCGAUAAGGGUGUGGCAGGCAAGGUGAAAGCUGAACGCUUAUUAAUUAUUAUCAAUUUGUUAAUUCGACUGCGAGCGUGAGCGAGAUAUUUCUACCACUGGUGAAAAUUUCUAAAUGAAGUUUUCGAUAAAAGUGCUUCAAAUUCACGGCGCACUGAGAGAAAAAACUAGUUUUGACAAAGAAGGUUUACUUGAUACAAGAAAAUAUUCAUUACAAUGAAAGAUGUUAUUUUCCAUCGAUAUAUUUACAUUCUGUAUUAUCCCCGGGCUAUGUACUCGGUCAAACCUUGGAUAUUUUCAAGGUACAAAUUACAUGGAAAUUAUCCUGUGUAUGAGGAAAACAAUUAAUUAAUUAUCAACAAAUAAUUAAUUAUUAUUAAUUAUAUCCAAAACGAGUUCAAGUCCGUGUG